CCCGCGACUUUGAAUCGCUGUGGAGAAUUUUGUAAUCCUAAAGUUGUUGGGUCGCCGAUUAUUAGGUGAGUUGUUUUUAAACACUGCGAGAAAUGGUCGGCUCUGUGAUCGCAAGGAAUAUGCUGGGCCUCUGAGAGUGGCACUAUUCUGCAAAGGAUAGCUGGGAUCGUAUUUCCCCCGAAGCCCAGGAAGCUGCUAAGUGGAGCAUAUACAGUGAUGGCAACUCAGAGGGAAAUUAAAAGCUCUCAGAAACAAAGGAGAAGUUCACAACAUAGUUGGCAGACCAGGCUCUCGCCUUUGAAAGUAAACCGGGAAUCACAUGGCUCAAAGAGCAUCUUGAAACAAAACAGUCAGUUGGAAGACUCUAAAUGUGAUGGUGAUCAAGCUGGUGAUGCUCUGCAAGUAGCAGUGGGAUACUUUGUGAAAGGAAAAACUUCAUGGACUAAAGAUAAACUCUUGGAAAAACACUUGAAAACUGUGGAAAAUGUGGCUUGGAAGGAUGGGUUAGCUCCAGAAGCAAUAGACAUUCUGUUAAAUGUGGCACUCAGUGGCAAAUUUGGGAAUGCUGUAAAUACACGGAUAUUGAAGUGCAUGAUUCCAGCAACUCUAAUAUCAGAAGAUUCUGUGGUUAAGGCAGUUUCCUGGCUCUGUGUUGGCAAGUGUUCUGGUAGUACCAAGGUACUUUUUUAUCGUUGGCUGGUUGCAAUGUUUGACUUCAUUGAUCAUAAGGAGCAAAUUAAUUUGCUCUAUGGCUUCUUUUUUGCUUCAUUGCAAGAUGAUGCACUGUGCCCUUAUGUCUGCCACUUGUUAUAUUUACUUACCAGAAAAGAGAACGUCAAACCAUUUCGUGUGAGAAAAGUGCUUGAUCUUCAGGCCAGAAUGGGCAUGCAGCCUCAUCUCCAGGCUUUGUUGUCGCUGUAUAAGUUCUUUGCACCUGCUUUGAUUUCUGUAUCUUUGCCUGUGAGGAGGAAGAUCUAUUUUAAGAAUGCAGAGAAUCUGUGGACUUCAGCUCUGCUUGCUGUGAGGCUAAGAAACCCAGGACACCGUCCAGAAUCUGUAAAGCUGACCUUAGGUUCAGCUAAUGUGUGCUCUGUAAAACAAAAAUGGAAUUCUCAUUCAGUCAUACCAAAGCUAAACUCUGAUUGCUAUACUCAAGACUGUGGACAAAAGAAGAUGAAUCUUUCUGAGUGUCUUAGUGGCAGUAGAUCAGUUCCACUAGAACAGCUUCAAAGUUUCCCUCAAUUCUUACAGAAUAUCCAUUGCUUAGAGCUGCCGUCUCAGAUGGGCUCAGUGCUAAACAGCUCUCUGCUACUUCACUAUGUUAACUGUGUCAGAGAUGAAUCAAUCUUACUGAGGCUCUAUCACUGGUUGAGUCAAGCAUUACAAGAAGAAUGUAUUUGGUAUAAGGUGAAUAAUUAUAAACAAGGAAAAGAGUUUUCAAAUUUCCUGGACACUGUCAUCAGGGCACAGUGCUUCUUACAAGAGGGGUUCUAUUCCUGUGAAGCAUUCCUGUAUAAGAGCUUGCCUCUUUGGGAUGGCUUCUCCUGUCGCUCACAGGUCCUUCAGCUUGUUACCUGGAUUCCUUUUAGCAGCUUCUCUGACGUGAAGCCACUUCUUCUGGACCAUCUAGCACCUCUUUUCUUUACUUCAUCCAUUUAUUUCAAGUGUAGUGUCCUUCAGAGUCUGAAAGAACUGCUGCAGAAUUGGCUGCUGUGGCUUUCUUUAGACAUCCACACGCAUCCUGUGACAAGCAGCCCUCUAGAGACGACCUUGGGUGGAUCCAUGAACUCUGUGUCUAACCUGAUUCAGUAUGUAGGGUGGCUGUCCACUAUUGCAAUGCGCCUGGAGAGAAACAGUACUUUCUUGCUGCAUUUUAUUUUGGAUUUCUAUGAGAAGGUAUGUGACAUAUAUCUCGAUUACAACCUUCCAUUAGUGGUGUUGCUUCCUCCUCUGAUCUUCUAUUCUGCACUCCUAAGCCUGGACACCAAUGUCUUCAACCAACUCUGCUACAUUAUGCACAGGUAUCGGAAUAAUUUGACAGCUACAAAGAAAAAGGGGUUGUUACAAAAGGCAAAAUCAGAGUUCAAUUUCAGUAGCAAGACUUUGGAAGAAUUUAAUCAUUAUUUGACAACCAUGGUUGGUUGCUUGUGGACAUCCAAACCAUUUGGAAAAGGACUAAACAUUGAUCAUCAAAUCCUAGAAAAAGCUGGAAUGGCAGAAUAUAAACACAGUUUAAAUUUAGUCCAUCAUCCUUCUCUGUUGAUCUAUGCUGCUUCCUUUUUGUUACAGGAAAGACCAGAACAAAGGAGAGUAAACCUGAGCUCUAUUUGUGGGAAGAAAUGGAACUGUUAUUUGGACUAUUUAUUUUCAGAGGGUUUACAAGGUUUGAAACUUUUCCUUACAAGUAAUAUUCAUCGUUCUUCUGUCCCCUGAUUGGAGAAUAUUUCUGCAGUGGUGAAUGCUAAAAGAAUGUUGAUGUAAGCAAACUGAGCUGCUAGAUUAAAUUCUUCAUUGCUAGAGAGGUCAAAUAGCUCAACUUAAGUUUUCAUAUUCAUUUCACUGGUAGACUGCUAUCUUCAGGGAAUACUCAGUGACCUUCUGUCCCUGUCUCAGGAGAGCUUUGGUGUGGCUAACAUUUUUUGAAUAUAGAUUUUUUAGCCUAGUAAUGAAAAUUGACCUCUUCAUCACCAGGCUCUGUCUUCAGUGAAUUAUGCAUAAGGAAGCACACCUUUCUUUGUGUUAGGAUUUCUGUUACAUUUUUGUGUUAUAUGUUGGUAGGAGAGGUCAUGUACAGUAAUACUUAAUCACCACAAGCACAUUUAUGGCAAGUACCCUGCUACAUCUGUAAAAUCUCCAGAGAUAUUGCAAUUUUGUCUUAUGUGAAUGACAUCAGCUCUGAGAAUAGGGUGCAAGACAUGACUCUAAGAGUCCUAAGAAGUUUGUGGCUCCAUAGGUUUUCUGUGGAAGCAGUUUGAUGAGAGGACUGUGUGGAUAAUGAAGAUAUCUCUGUUUUUAUUGCUUUGGAUUCUUGAAACUACUCUAUUUUAUUUGGGUGUAUAUGCGUAUGUGUAUGUGUUUAUUCAGAUUUUAAGUAUUCAGGCUUAAAUAAACUAACUGCAAUUUUGCAGGCAAGUGCUUUAACCACUGAGCAAUCUCUCCAGCUCCUGCAACUUUGCUUUCAGAAGCAAUUCUGAAGCUUUUAAAAAAUCCAUACCGGUAGAAUAUUUUACUGACAAUUUACUACUACUGAAUAUUUUUCUUUUAAUAAAUUUUUCAUCAUUUUAGAGAAAUGAAGAAUUUGUCCU